UAUAUUUUGGCUAACAUACAAAGACUAUCGUAAAUAAUGCAUCGACAAGCGUUAUAAAAGUAAUUUGCUACAAACUACAUGUUUUGAUGGACAAAUUUUCUUUGAACUCCGUUACUAACUUAUAAAUAAGGAGAUGUGUUAUGUAUCCUUGCGUUAAAUUUUAUUUUUAACUGAUGUAUGUGUUUGAUACAUGGUUUAUAUGUGACACGACAAGCCGGUACCCUAUAUCGAUCUUUGUGUUUCAUCUUAUUUCAUGAAUGGUACGGUACAAGAUUUACUCAUUUUAUCUGUAAUCGACAGGAUGAUUAGUGUGUGCAAUGGCUUCUUGUGUGCUACACUAGGAAUAAGAAAUUUCGUAGUUCCAUUAUUUUUAUAAAAAGCCACUGGAUUGUUUAACGAAAGCAAUAUUUUAUAUGGAAUGUUUAACGAAGGCAAACAUUCCUUAACUAAAACAUUUUUGGACAAAUUUCGUAUUCAUUACAAAAGAGUAACCAUGAAUACACGGAUGGCUAGAUUUGUUCUAUCAAAAGUUUCGAUUAUAAUGGGAACCACUGUAUGUAUCCUAAUCGUUGUGAUAUAUUAUAACAGCCAGACUAACAGGCGAAAACUCUAUACAUUAGAACAAAGUUUAAAAAAUCCAGGAAAUGAAAACGACAUAUCCUACUCACAAGCUCGACAGGACAAAACUGUUUACGAAAUAUUUCCAAUGGAACACGGUUUUUUCAUUGAAAUGGGUGCGUUCGAUGGACAGCGUUGGUCUAAUACGUUAUGGCUAGAACGGAAACAUGGAUGGACCGGGUUAUUGAUUGAAGCUGAUCCAGAUCUUUGUGAUAAAAUAGACAAGUUACAUCGACAAGUUUGGCGACUUUGUGGUUGUAUCUCAGAACAACAGAGUGCCACAUUUAUACAAGGUUCUGCUCUUGGUGGCAUUGCUGAUCAUUUAAAUAAAAACCAAUUAACUCAACUGAGUAAAUGGUGGACGGUUACUGUACCAUGUUAUAAGCUUCAAAAUGUGUUAGAUAAGCUUGAUACUAAUCACAUAAACUAUUUCUCGCUUGAUGUAGAAGGAGCAGAACUUAUAGUUUUGGAGACAAUUAAGGAAUCAUUAAAAACAGGCGAUAUUACUGUAGAUAUAUGGACCAUCGAAUAUAGAGUUUGGGACGGCAAGGAAAUAGUUUAUAAAGAUUCAAUGACAAAUCUUGUGGGACUCCGGAAUUAUUUCAAAGAAAUAGGUGGCUAUGUAGAGCAUUCUCAGUUGUCCAACGACAAAAAUUCCGGAGAUGGAUUAUCGCUUGAUGUUGUAUUUGUUAACAUUAGAACAUGGUGUGACAAAUAUGGGAAACUGCCGAAUGGGGGAGAAUGUUCGUGAAAGGUUAACAAAAUGUAACAUGGUGCUUAUCAAUUGGAGAAAGUAUUACAAUAUUAAAAAUAAUAGUGACGCUAAAAGUUUUAGUAAUGAACGACAUGAAGUGAUGGAAAUUGCUGGUACUAUAUUUCAUUGGUAAUGCUGGUACUAUAUAUUUCAUUGUACAUGCUGGUACUAUAUUUCAUUGGUAAAAGACAGUUUUCAAUGUAAAUGAUAUUGACUACGAUAAAAACACAGACUGCUUAAUUAUUAUAAUAUAAUGAACAACAAAAUGGAAGUGCGCAGACAAAUGUAUGACAUAAUAAACAUACGUUUUCUGGUACUCAACUCCAGACCUGG